CGCGAUGGGCGGGAUCAAACGGGACGACACGCAAACAUGGCGGCGUCUACAGAAGAUGAUUUUGAGUUUAAUACUCAGGACUACUAUUCUCUGCUCAACGUGAGGAAAGAGGCUACAGUGGAGGAGCUGAAGGCGUCGUAUCGGCGGCUGUGCAUGCUGUAUCAUCCUGACAAACAUCGAGACCCUGAGCUGAAAAGACAAGCCGAGCAACUUUUCAAUCAGGUUCACCAGGCCUACGAAGUGCUGAGUGACGCUCACUCCCGAGCCAUCUAUGACAUCUUUGGGAACAAAGGGCUGGAGGUGGAAGGCUGGGAGGUGGUGGAGAGGAAGAGAACACCUGUUGAAAUCCGAGAGGAAUAUGAAAGGCUUCAGAGAGAAAAAGAAGAGAGAAGACUGCAGCAAAGAACGAAUCCCAAGGGCACAAUCAGCGUCGGUGUGGAUGCGACGGACUUGUUCGAUCGCUAUGACGACGACUUUGAGGAGAUGCCUGGCGGAGGCUUUCCUCACAUAGAAAUUAACAGGAUGCACAUUUCCCAGUCUAUAGAGGCUCCUCUGACCAACACCGACACGGCAAUGCUGUCCGGGUCACUCUCCACGCACAACGGGAGCGGAGGGGGCAACAUCAACGUGACUGUACGCAGAGUCACAUCAGCUAAAGGCUGGGGAGAGGUGGAGUUUGGCGCUGGAGACACGCUGGGGCCACUCAUUGGCUUGAAGGUGUUUCGUAAUAUCACGCCGCGGUGUUUUCUCACAGCCCAGUGCGGUGUGCAGUUCUCGCCCCGAGGCCUGCGGCCGAGCUGUUCUCUGAUGACGGCGCGCCACCUGGACCAGAACACCAUGGGCUACCUUCAGUGGCGCUGGGGGCCCAAUAGCGCCAUGACAACCAGCCUGGUGCGGGACACCAAGAGUAGCCACUUUACUUUAGCUCUGCAGCUGGGUGUGCCUCAUUCCUACCUGAUGAUGAGCUACCAGUACAAGUUCCAGGACGAGGACCAGACCAAAGUGAAAGGCUCCGUAAAGACAGGCUGGUUCGGCACGGUGGUGGAGUACGGAGCGGAGAGGAAGAUCAGCCGCCACAGUGUUUUGUCGGCCACGGUCAGCAUCGGGGUCCCGCAGGGAGUCACACUCAAGAUUAAGCUGUCGCGUGCCAGUCAGACGUACCUGUUCCCGGUCCACCUGACAGACCAGCUGUUGCCUAGCGCCGUCUUCUACGCCACCGUCGGACCCCUCCUGGCCUACGUCGCCGUCCACAGACUAAUUAUAAUCCCGUACACGAAAGCGCAGAAGGAGCAAGAGCUGGAGUUGCAGAGGAAGAGCUCCGCCACAGACAUCGCCAAGAAGAAGCAGGAGGCUGAGACCGCUGUUCUGCUGAUGCAGGAGUCUGUGAGGAGAAUCAUAGAAGCAGAAGAAUCCAAGAUGGGCCUGAUCAUCCUCAACGGCUGGUACGGGAAGUUUGUGUCGGACACCAGCCAGAAGCAGGAGAAAGCCAAGGUGAUUGACGUCACCGUGCCGCUGCAGUGCCUGGUCAAAGACUCCAAGCUCAUCCUCACCGAGGCAUCUAAGGCGGGGCUGCCAGGCUUUUACGACCCCUGCGUGGGAGAGGAGAAGAGUCUGAAAUUACUGUACCAGUUCAGAGGGGUCAUGCAUCAAGUCAUCUCCGCAGACACGGAGCCACUACGGAUACCCAAGCAAUCUCACAGAACUGAGUCUGAAUCCUAGGAGUCCUCUGCUGUUGACGUAGGAGGAUGGAACAGACUGUGUACGCGGAAGAACCCAAGAGUAGAAGGGAUAGAUUUUUUUCUAAAAAUCUGUUCGUUUCCCUCCUCUAGCUCUCCUCUGUCAUAAUAUUAGUGAAUCUAAUUCACAAGUCUGUGCUCCUUCCUUCUUUUAAACUCCAGUUUUUUUUGUUGUUUUUUUUUUGGGGUGAAAUCAGCACCGGGUUUCCCCUGUUGGCUACACCCGAUACACCGGGUCGCAUAUCGGUACGCUGCAGGAUAGCUGACACCGGCCCAAAGUAGUUUUGUAAGACAAAAGGACUGAUUAUUACAGCCAGCCGGAUGGUGAUUUCCCUCAGUAGUGAAUGAAAUGUCUGCAGUUUCUCACAUAUGUGUUUGUCUGGUGUGAAGGAGCUGUAAUUUGGCCUCGUAUAUAAUCUUCACUUGUCGUGAAACUGUUUGGGUCAACUAUGCAGGACGGUGCCUCGGUAACCUUGAGGCCAACCAGGACUUCGCUCCCGUUUUUAGAUCACACUCAAAAAAGGUCAGCCUUUCUAAUUUGGGAGACAUUUUACUCCAGCGUUUGCUGCUCGAUGAGAUGCCAAGUGUAAACUGGUUCUCAAAACGUGAAGGUUUGGAAAGGAGAGGAAAAGGACUGCCUGUUAUUACAGAAAAACUUAAGACUUUUCCUCGCGGAUUUCUAACACUCCACGCUGCAGUUGAAAGGCAGAAAUCUUGCUCGGAUUUGAUUUGCGUCAGUGUUCAUCGAUCAACUCUGCAGCCGCAGGAAUAAAAAAACAAAAAACAAAACUGUGCUUUCUAGAAAGCCUGAAGUUAAUACCAAUUCAUGCCCAUGUUUGGUGUAUGUAAACUUCUGACCAGCACUGCAGAAUGCUGCACGUAGAGAGAUGCAGCUUCUUUACUGCUAAACCAGCUGCUGCGUCGGAGCGUUGCGGAGGCCACUUUGUUUAUUUGUUUAUUUUUGGGACCGUGUGUGUGGAGGAGUCGCAGAGAGAGGGGUCUUACUGGAGUCUUUUAGUGGCUAAUUCACACACUAAUUAACAUCUGCUGUAACUAGUUUUCUCUGCAGAGUGGUACACGAUACACUGAACCGCUGAUGAAUGGGCAAACAUUGUAACACUUAAAUCCCUAAGUUUUUAAUUUCCACAGCACAAUAAAGCUCCCGUUUAAGUCCAUUAAAUUAGAUUUUACUCCCUGUCUGAUUGGUGCAUCUGUUGGUAGAUGGAUUGUGCAAUAACAAAGAGGUUGUUACUUCUUAGGUUUUUUUUUUUUUUUUGGAAGAGGGUGUCUGUGUAAUGAACUACGGGGAACCCUAAACUUUAUUAAAACCAUUAAAAUGGUAUACAAGAGGAAUUUUAUUGAGUAUGGUAUAUAUAAAAGGUUAGAUUUUGCACAAAAUGUAUGGUAAUCAGGCAUUUUGUUCAAAUGGUGCUGAAGACCUUAAUUGUAGCUGUACACUUUUACUGAAAUGCAUCAAACAAGUUAAAAACACGUGUUCAGAUCAAUCCGCAAGCCGUUUUGCACUGUUACCGUUGUGUGUUUGUCCCCUUUUGUUGUUUAGGUGUAAAGUAAAAAGGUUUGGUCUGGUCAUUUGUUCAUUUCUGCCAUCGUAAAGGGUGAGCGGAGAGUGCUUUGCUGAUUUUACAUUCCAGCCUGCGAGCCAAACGGACCGGUGUAAAUGUUCUGUAUGUUUGAAAGGAAGAUGUGUGUUCUGUCCUGUAUAGUUAAUAAACAUGGAAUAA